AUGGCGUUAAAAACCCAUGCCGAAAUUGAUUCUUUCGUUGUUGGAGACAAUACCAUAGAAUUGAUUGGUUAUGUGGACGAGAUUAACGGCAGCAAACAAGUUAAAAACAACACAAAAACACUCUUCAAAUUUAUUCUGAACAAUGGACAAGGGAGGAGGAUACGUAUCCUCAUGUGGGACGAAAUGGCUAAAAAAUUUGAACAGACGAUUGUUAAUAAGCAGGGAGAAGAACACAGCAAGCAUUCCAAUGUAGUCGAUACAUUUUUUGAAUUAGAUACUACUGACGCUACUCGAAGGCAGAUUGAACCGUGUGACCAAAAACACAAGAAAAUAAUUGAGUUGGAAAUUUUGUAG